AUGGCUGAGAAGUCUCCCAAUCCCAAAUUGAAGUCCUGCUGUGUUGAGAGGGAAUCAAACGUAAUUCUGGAUCCGGACACAGCGCAUCCCUGUCUCCUCGUGUCCGAGGAUGGUAAAAGUGUGAGGAUGGGAGAUAGAGUUCAGGAUCUGCCGGCGAAUCCUGAGCGAUUUGAUUUGUACCCUUUUGUCCUGGGCUGUGAGGGAUUCAAAGCAGGCAGGCACUUCUGGGAAGUCACCCUGGGACAUAGAGAAAUUUGGGUUGUGGGAGUCCUCAGUGAGUCUGUGAGUAGGAAGGAUGUGGUCAAUUUCCUUCCUGAGGAAGGGAUCUGGGGGUUGGGGAAAUGGGACGAUGAGUACAGGGCCUCCACCCGCCAUUGGGAACCUCCUCUCGCCCUGCUUCAGGAGCCCACGAAGGUCCGGGUGAUGCUGAACUAUGAGGGGGGGCAGGUGGCAUUUUUCGAUGCGGAUACUUUAGACAUGCUCUACGUAUACUCAGAUAUCUUCUUCUCUGGGGAGACCAUCCUUCCCUUCUUAUUUUUGAUUGGAGAAGAACCCAUGAUGCUCUCCCCCUGA